AUGGGGGGUGCAAGUGCUUACAAUUUCAUGGUCGCUGCCGCAGUGACGGUCGGCUCGUUCACAUAUGGGUUCAACAACUCUGUCAUAGCACCCGUCUAUGGAAUCCCGGCUUUCCUCAACUACUUUGGUCUUUCCGCUGACACCGAUGAUCAACGGACAGCGAGCAUCAUAGGAGCUGCCAAUGGCCUUUUCUUCGGCGGCGGAAUGCUGGGCUGCUUCACAGUUGCAUGGAAAGGCGAUUUCUACGGCCGUGUCCGUAACUUACAAAUCGCCGCUGCAACAUGUCUGAUUGCCGCCAUCAUUCAAGGUGCUUCAGUUCAUAUUGCCAUGUUCAUCGUCGGAAGAUUCAUCAGUGGCUAUGGUUCGGGCGCCAUAGUCUCUUUGAUUCCCACUUACUUAUCUGAGAUUGCACCGCCUCACAUGCGAGGCCGUAUGGUUGGCCUCGCGGCCGUGGGACAGGUCACUGGCUAUUCCGUCGCAGGCUGGGCCGGCUACGGAUGCUAUUUCGGAAAUGCCAGUACAUCCUGGCGUUUGCUGGUUUGCCUUCAAGUCAUUUCACCUGCCUUCAUUCUUGCCGUGUCGCCCUGGCUGCCCGAGUCUCCCAGGUGGCUGAUGCUGCGUGGUCUCCAUGCAGAGGCCUUCGCCAGCCUCAAGAAACUGCACCACACAGCCCACGACACCGACGACAUUUUGGCCCGAGAGGAGUAUCUGCAGAUCAAAAAGCAGGUCAACCUUGACAUCUUGAAGCCGCGCACCCUCUGGGCCAUUUUGAAGAUUCCAUCCUAUAGAAGACGCCUGUUCACCGCAAUGUUUCUCGAGUUCUUGUACCAAAGCACCGGUGUGUUGGUUGUCAACAACUAUCAGGUUCUGCUCUACAGUAACCUGGGUCUGAAUGGUUCCGUUACACUCCUGCUCUAUGCCGUCUACUGCUCCUGGGCGGGCGUGGUGAACUUUGCAUCUACCUACUUUAUCGACAGAUUUGGCCGUGUGAAGAUGAUGAUCUGGGGAACAAUUGGCUCCAUUGCCAACAUUAUCCUGCUGAUGUCGAUGAUCGCAAAGUACGGCGGCACCACCAACAAGAUCGCCAACGGCUUCGGCGUCUUCUUCUUGUUCUUCUACGUCACAUGGUACGGUUUCGGCAUCGACCCUACAAUCUACGUCUAUAUGUCUGAGCUCUUCCCGACCCACGUCCGCUCCCAAGGCGUCGCCAUGGGCCUGGCCAGCUUUCUGGGCUCGGCUCUGGUGUACAACGAAGUGGCGGGGACAGCGUUCGCCACUAUCGGCUGGAAGUACUACCUUGUCUUCAUCGCCGUGACGCUCGCCGGUCUCCCGUUCCUGUUGUUCUGCUGCCCAGAGACCAAGGGCCUGACGCUCGAGGAGGUGGGCCAGCUGUUUGGCGACGAGGUCGGUCUGGAUCUCACGCACAUGACGCCCGAGCAGAGGCAAGAGCUCGACCGAAAGCUUCUGGCCGAGGAUCCAAUCUUGAACGCUGGACGUUCGUCACCACCGGAGACGGACGUCGAGACCAAGAGCGCCAUACCUGGUCGAACUGUACACCUCGAGGUGGCAGAUGUAUAG